UCAAUUUAAUUACAAUUUGUUGUUGUUUUUUUUUUUCGCCGCGCAGAGUAAGCACGUCGGUAACGGAAAUUCUCGUCAAAGUUUUUCGCGCUCUACGUUUUAACGGCGACCGGUCGUCGUCGCCGUCGCUGCCAACACUGUCAAGCGCAGCGGCGUCGCAUCAAGCAAAAACGUAAUUCCUUUCAUUAAAAUAUACACAACACAAUGCGUUCACCAAAACUGAGAGCAGUGUUACCCAUAAAAGAGCGAAGACUGCACCGCCGUGCUGCCCUAAGUGUCGCGCAAUAACGGCAACAGACGGAAGAAAGAAGCAACAGAACUGAGCUAGAGCAAAUAAAUCAAGUGAAAGUACAAGGGAUUGCGAGCAUAUUGCAGACUGGCUACACACACACACACACACACACACACACACACACACACACACACACACACACACACUCACACAAGCACACACACAUCCGCACUCCCGCACACUAACACGCUCACCUACACAGACUGAGUCAGGCUCACAAUGAGCUCGUAUCUGGAACUGUUCGGACUGUUCGUGCUGCUGAUGUUGCCCUUUCUGUACGAGACGAAUCACAUAUUUCGCUAUUACUUCAAGUUCAUGAUAUACUAUGGAAUCGUCUCCAUCAAUGCGAUCAUAUUGAUACCGGCAUUUCUCACACGGCCCUGUGAUGUACGCAAUUUACUAUGGGCCAGCACCUGGUGUCAUCGUGUCACAGCUUUGAUUGGACUGCGCUGGGAACUGCGAGGCAAGGAGCAUCUGGAGAAGGAUCGCGCAUGCAUUAUCGUGGCCAAUCAUCAGAGCUCGCUGGAUGUGCUGGGCAUGUUUAAUAUCUGGCAUGUGAUGAACAAGUGCACGGUGGUGGCUAAGCGGGAGCUGUUCUAUGCCUGGCCCUUCGGACUGGCUGCCUGGUUGGCCGGGCUCAUAUUCAUCGAUCGGGUGCGCGGCGAGAAGGCCCGCGACACGUUGAACGCCGUCAAUCGUCGCAUCAAGGAGCAACGCAUUAAGCUAUGGGUAUUCCCGGAAGGCACGCGCCGCAACACGGGCGAACUGCAUCCGUUCAAGAAGGGCGCCUUUCACAUGGCCAUCGACCAGCAGAUACCCAUACUGCCGGUUGUCUUCAGCUCCUACUGCACAUUUCUCAAUGACAAGAAGAAGAUAUUGAAUGCCGGCCGGAUAGUGAUAACCACGCUGCCGCCGGUUAGCACCGAGGGCCUGACCAAAAACGACAUCGAUCAGUUAAUGGAGCGCGUGCGUAGUCAAAUGAUCGAGACCUUCAAACUCACCUCCGCGGAGGUGCUGCAGCGCUACAAGCCCCACAAGCCCAUUACCCCAACGGUGGUCAAUGGCGCCGAGGCUGUGGCAGCCGCUGUCGCCAACAGCUCCGGCUACGCGCAGCUGCAUGCGGCCAGUGCCUCCUACGAGACGUACAAGAGCAGCGCCAGCGGCAAGGCGCCCAUGCUGAAGACCCUGUAGGUCUAUCUCUUUCUAUAUAUAUAUGUAUAUAUAUAGCAUAUAUAUAUGUAUAUAUAGAUGGGUGCCUAGCAAUACUUUACUUAUGACAUGCACGAUCGAGACUUUCUUCUUAGGCAACACACAUACCAAAAAAAAAAAAACAAAAACAAGUAAGAACGUUGCA